GUAAAGGGCUGCAAUCUACGUGCCGCCACUAGAUGGUGCUAAACCUCAUUGUGCGCAGCUGCGUGAGCACAGCCAGCCAAAGUCACCAGUCCAUCUCCGAGGCUUUUGCCCAACCCCUGGGGGCUUUAACCUAUCCCCAGGGUGCAUGAGGAUCAUGGGUGUUGCUACCAGUCCUAGUUUAGACACGUCACCAAAAGUAUUUAAGCCACACACUUUCUGAGCUUUCUUUGUCUACCUCAAUAUGAUAUAGAAGUAAAAGUUAACCGUGGAAGAAUCUGGUGUGUCCUGUGUUUAUUUCCCGCGGGACGGGGAUAAGCUCGGGAUACUUGGUGCUAGAAACCCGGGAAAAAACGCCUUAACAACGCCGGCACCAGAGGAGACCCUCCGACCAACCGGAGCAGGUUCAGAACCACGGUGGAUUUUGGAAUUCCGAGAGCAUGCUGAAUCCUUGAAGAAGACAACCCAUUCUGGCUGCCGGAACGACUGACACGGAGAAUUCCGACACCUGAAGAUGACUCCCAGAUGGAUCCCUUGGAAACUACCUCUAAUCCUCAUGCUACCUCUGUGGAUUUGGGUUCCUAGUAUAUUUGGAGAGUAUAGAUGGGCAAUUCUGUCUGCUUUCCCUAAGCCCAUGCCUGUACGUCAUAAUACAGCUGUUUUUCCCAAGUUUUUUACGACCAAUAAAACUUUAGGCCUGCCAUACCUACCAUUUGACCCUAUCUGGGCACCAUUGGGAGAAAAACGCUCUUUAAGGGAACGAGGUUCUCUCUGUUUCCAAAUUUAUGAAUUAGGAAAUUGUAUCAGACUCACCAGCCAAGCUUUGGGAAUGUUUUUUAAGUAUCGAGGAGGCGUGGUGAAAAUAACCCAAGACACUUCCAACAGAGAUAUAACCCUUACAAAUCGGACCUUCUGGCAUGAGACAACUUGGGUUAAUGGUACAUUUCUACCACCUAACUUUUCAGAUAAAGAACGUCCCAAUCAACCAAAAAUGGCUCCUCAUUGUAGCUUGGAAGAUGAAGGGCUGAUCCUGCCUUGGUCUGAUUGUCAAUCCUCUGUCACUCGUUGGGCAGAUCAGAGUAAAACUUUUUCCUUUUCUCCCAACAUGAUAGAUGACCCAGAGCAGAAAUAUGUUAUGAAAAAGGGACUUUUCAUACAGGACUUUAGAAUGCAUCCUUUUCAUAAAUGGGUACUUUGUGGGAUUAAUGGUAGCUGUACAGAUCUUAAUCCCUUGGUUUUCCUCCAAGGAGGAGCUGCUGGAAAAGCGAUUUUUAAUGGUAGUUCAAAAUUUGCUCAGUUUCAUCAAGUUCUGUUACCUGAUAGAACCAUUUAUCAAAAUUCUACUACUGAAAUCACUGGAUUUAAUAAGACAUUGAUAAAGCAGACUAAUUAUUUACCUACUCCAGUUUGUGUGUACACCCCUUUCUUGUUUAUUCUUUCUAAUGGUUCCUUUGAAUCCUGUACUAAUGAAACCUGCUGGAUGUCACAAUGCUGGAGCCUUAAGUGGGCCAGCCGUGCAAUGCUUGCCAAGAUUCCGCGAUGGGUUCCUGUCCCUGUGGAGAUCCCUUCCACCAUAACCUUACACAGGCAAAAGCGAGACUUUGGUAUCACUGCAGCCGUUGUGGUGGCAAUGGCUGCCAGUGCGGCGGCAGCUACAGCUGCUGGAAUUGCUAUGGCAACAUCAGUCCAGUCAAGUACAACUGUCGAGCAGUUGUCCUCCUCUGUAGCAGAAGCCAUCGAUCAACAUUCAGUGCUCAGUGCCCAAUUAAAAGGUGGGCUAAUGAUAGUGAACCAGCGCAUUGACCUGGUGGAGGAAAGACUGGAAAUUCUGCUCCAAUUGGCUCAGCUUGGCUGUGAUAAGAAAUCAGGAGCCUUAUGUAUUACUAGUGUCCAAUAUGAAAAUUGGACACAUGCAGCUAAUCUAUCUAAAGAAUUGUCUUUGUUUCUUACAGGAAACUGGUCUGAAGGAUUUGACGAAAAGCUUGAGGCGUUACGUACAGCAGUGAUGACGAUUAAUUCUACGCGCGUGGACCCAUCAUUAAUCGAUGGAAUCAAAGGACUUUCUUCCUGGAUGUCCUCUGCAUUCUCACAUUUUAAAGAGUGGGUGGGAGUGGGCCUGUUUGGUGCAACCCUGUGUUGUGGACUAGUGUUUCUUCUAUGGCUGGUAUGCAAACUCAGAUCUCAACAGAAACGUGACAAGGUGGUAAUUGCUCAAGCACUUGCUGCCAUAGAGCAAGGCACCUCCCCUGAAAUUUGGCUAUCUAUUCUCAAGAAUUAGUUGGCAUUUGAGUUCUCUGUCUUUGCAUCCCACAAAAUUGUGGAUACAUUGCAUUGAGAUGAGAGAAACUCAACGAUCAUUGAUCAGUCCGUGCACAUUGCUGAGGUUUCCUCAUUGCAUGUGAUAAGGUGAUCAUGAUUUCUCCACUAAUUCAUUUUUGGCUGGCCUCUUUUGUAGAGUUCACCCUAGGCCAUUUAGCAGUUAUAGUCACACAGCACUGUGGUAUCCAAAGACGGGCAACUUUCCUCAUGCACAGACCAACCUAAGACAAUGGGGCCCGGUGGUGAUAGGGUUACCCGAUAACGGGUAAGGCUGUGACAUUGGAGGAACGACCUAAAACAGGGGCCACAGCAGAUGGACGUAACUACAUAGGCCUAGACCAGCCUCAUUUUAAUAAAUUAUAGAGGGGGAGAUGUAAAGGGCUGCAAUCUACGUGCCGCCACUAGAUGGUGCUAAACCUCAUUGUGCGCAGCUGUGUGAGCACAGCCAGCCAAAGUCACCAGUCCAUCUCCGAGGCUUUUGCCCAACCCCUGGGGGCUUUAACCUAUCCCCAGGGUGCAUGAGGAUCAUGGGUGUUGCUACCAGUCCUAGUUUAGACACGUCACCAAAAGUAUUUAAGCCACACACUUUCUGAGCUUUCUUUGUCUACCUCAAUAUGAUAUAGAAGUAAAAGUUAACCGUGGAAGAAUCUGGUGUGUCCUGUGUUUAUUUCCCGCGGGACGGGGAUAAGCUCGGGAUAGGAUAAAAUGUUCUGUAGAUAUCUGUCAGGUCCAUUUGUUUCAUAACUUCUGUUAGUUUCACUGUGUCCCUGUUUAGUUUCUGUUUCCACGAUCUGUCCAUUGAUGAAAGUGGUGUUUUGAAAUCUCCCACUAUUAUUGUGUGAGGUGCAAUGUGUGCUUUGAGCUUUACUAAAGUUUCUUUAGUGAAUGUGGCUGCCCUUGCAUUUGGAGCAUAGAUACUCAGAAUUGAGAGUUCCUCUUGGAGGAUUUUACCUUUGAUGAGUAUGAAGUGUCCCUCCUUGUCUUUUUUGAUAACUUUGGAUUGGAAGUCGAUUUUAUCCGAUAUUAGAAUGGCUACUCCAGCCUGUUUCUUCAGACCAUUUGCUUGGAAAAUUGUUUUCCAGCCUUUCACUCUGAGGUAGUGUCUGUCUUUUUCCCCGAGAUGGGUUUCCUGUAAGCAGCAGAAUGUUGGGUCCUGUUUGUGUAGCCAGUCUGUUAGUCUAUGUCUUUUUAUUGGGGAAUUGAGUCCAUUGAUACUAAGAGAUAUUCAGGAAAAGUAAUUGUUGCUUCCUUUUAUUUUUGUUGUUAGAGUUGGCAUUCUGUUCUUGUGGCUGUCUUCUUUUUGGUUUGUUGAGGGAUUACUUUCUUGCUUGUUCUAGGGCGUGAUGUCCGUCCUUGUAUUGCUUCUUUUCUGUUAUUAUCCUUUGAAGGGCUGGAUUCGUGGAAAGAUAUUGUGUGAAUUUGGUUUUGUCGUGGAAUACUUUGGUUUCUCCAUCUAUGGUAAUUGAGAGUUUGGCCGGGUAUAGUACCCUGGGCUGGCAUUUGUGUUCUCUUAGUGUCUGUAUAACAUCUCUCCCGGCUCUUCUGGCUUUCAUAGUCUCUGGUGAAAAGUCUGGUGUAAUUCUGAUAGGCCUUCCUUUAUAUGUUACUUGACCUUUCUCCCUUACUGCUUUUAAUAUUCUAUCUUUAUUUAGUGCAUUUGUUGUUCUGAUUAUUAUGUGUCGGGAGGAAUUUCUUUUCUGGUCCAGUCUAUUUGGAGUUCUGUAGCCUUCUUGUAUGAUCAUGGGCAUUUCUUUCUUUAUGUUUGGGAAGUUUUCUUCUAUUAUUUUGUUGAAGAUAUUAGCUGGCCCUUUAAGUUGAAAAUCUUCAUUCUCAUCAAUUCCUAUUAUCUGUAGGUUUGGUCUUCUCAUUGUGUCCUGGAUUUCCUGGAUGUUUUGAGUUAGGAUCCUUUUGCAUUUUGUAUUUUCUUUGACUGUUGUGUCGAUGUUCUCUAUGGAAUCUUCUGCACCUGAGAUUCUCUCUUCCAUUUCUUGUAUUCUGUUGCUGAUGCUCGCAUCUAUGGUUCCAGAUCUCUUUCCUAGGGUUUCUAUCUCCAGCGUUGCCUCGCUUUGGGUUUUCUUUAUUGUGUCUACUUCCCUUUUUAGUUCUAGUAUGGUUUUGUUUAUUUCCAUCACCUGUUUGGAUGUGUUUUCCUGUUUUUCUUUAAGGACUUCUCCCUGUUUGGUUGUGUUUUCCUGCUUUUCUUUAAGGGCCUGGAACUCUUUAGCAGUGCUCUCCUGUAAUUCUUUAAGUGACUUAUGAAAGUCCUUCUUGAUGUCCUCUAUCAUCAUCAUGAGAAAUGUUUUUAAAUCUGGGUCUAGAUUUUCGGUUGUGUUGGGGUGCCCAGGACUAGGUGGGGUGGGAGUGCUGCGUUCUGAUGAUGGUGAGUGGUCUUGAUUUCUGUUAGUAGGAUUCUUACGUUUGCCUUUCGCCAUCUGGUAAUCUCUGAAGCUAGCUGUUAUAGUUGUCUCUGUUAAGAGCUUGUUCUUCAGGUGACUCUGUUAGCCUCUAUAAACAGAUCUGGGAGGGUAGCUCUCUCCUUAGUUUGAGUGGGCAGAGUAUUCUCUGCAGGCAAGCUCUCUUCUUGCAGGGAAGGUACCCAGAUAUCUGGUGUUCGAACCGGACUCCUGACAGGAGUUGUGUUCCACUCACCAGAGGUCUUAGGAUCCCGUGGGGAAUCCUGUGUGGGCCUGUGCGGGUGUCAGGCGAGUCUGCUGGCAAGGUACCCUGGGGCUCGAGUCGACUUUCUUCCUUUUUAUUAUUAACAUACUAUUUGCUCUUUAGAAUUUUCAAUAUGACUUAUCUUUGAUCAUAUCUACCCUACCAUAUCUCCUCUUCCAGUUUCCCUGUGCUCCUAUCUUCUCAUGAUGUUCUUUUUUUAAAUAAGAUCUUCCUUAAUUGAUUUUACUUUAAUUGCAUCCCUGAUAAUCUGAUCCAUUUUAUUGAUGAGAUUUUCUUCUAGGUUUCUUUUCAGUUGAUUUGAUGAGAUAUUCAUCCAAAAUAUCAGUUUAACUUUUUUUGUAUUUUUAUAAUUUUCUUUUAUUUUUGUGUAUGUAUCACAUACACAAAAUAUAUUAAUGUGAAUGUAUUAAUGUGGGACUGCCCAUGAAAUCCAGAAGAGAGUAUCUUAUCUCAUGGAACAUACAUUAGAGUGAUUAUAAACUUUAUAAUGUAAUUGCUCAGAAUUGAACUCAUGACCUGGAAGAAUAUCAACUUCUCUUAAUAAUGAAGCCAUCUUUCCCAAACCUUUUGUUUCCAGUAUUGUUCAAUUGAAGCUAAAUUGUAGUAGCUUUAAGGCAUACCCAUAAGAGGAGGUAGGGUUGAGAAAAUGAGGUAGGAAUGAGAGGGAAGUAUAUGGGUUAUAUGUAGGAAGACUAGUAGAAGACUAUACAAUAAAAUAGAUAUGGAGGCACACAGAACAGUCAUGAAGCAUAUAAAUAAUGUAAAAACCAAAGCACGACCAUUAAGACAUGUUACGCAGGAGUUAAUAUUUUUAAAGGUAAAAAUAAAAGAAAAGCUAAUUAAUAGUUCUUCUUUGAUAGAACGGAUUUUAAUUCAUUCCCUCCCUAUGCUGUUUUAAAUACUAAACUGCACUGACUGGGGCUGUGCAGCUUAGCUCUAGCUCAAACCUGUAAAACCAGAGUUUUGUUUUGUUUUUUUCCAUUUUUUAUUAGGUAUUUAGCUCAUUUACAUUUCCAAUGCUAUACCAAAAGUCCCCCAUACCCAUCCACCCACACUUCCCUACCCACCCACUCCCCCUUUUUGGCCCUGGCGUUCCCCUGUACUGGGACAUAUAAAGUUUGCAAGUCCAAUGGGCCUCUCUUUCCAGUGAUGGCUGACUAGGCCAUCUUUUGAUACAUAUGCAGCUAGAGUCAAGAGCUCCGGGGUACUGGUUAGUUCAUAAUGUUGAUCCACCUAUAGGGUUGCAGAUCCCUUUAGCUCCUUGGGUACUUUCUCUAGCUCCUCCAUUGGGAGCCCUGUGAUCCAUCCAUUAGCUGACUGUGAGCAUCCACUUCUGUGUUUGCUAGGCCCCGGCAUAGUCUCACAAGAGACAGCUACAUCUGGGUCCUUUCGAUAAAAUCUUGCUAGUGUAUGCAAUGGUGUCAGCGUUUGGAUGCUGAUUAUGGAGUGGAUCCCUGGAUAUGGCAGUCUCUACAUGGUCCAUCCUUUCAUCUCAGCUCCAAACUUUGUCUCUGUAACUCCUUCCAUGGGUGUUUUGUUCCCAAUUCUAAGGAGGGGCAUAGUGUCCACACUUCAGUCUUCAUUCUUCUUGAGUUUCAUGUGUUUAGCAAAUUGUAUCUUAUAUCUUUGGUAUCCUAGGUUUGGGGCUAAUAUCCACUUAUCAGUGAAUACAUAUUGUGUGAGUUCCUUUGUGAAUGUGUUAUCUCACUCAGGAUGAUGCCCUCCAGGUCUAUCCAUUUGGCUAGGAAUUUCAUAAAUUCAUUCUUUUUAAUAGCUGAGUAGUACUCCAUUGUGUAGUUGUACCACAUUUUCUGUAUCCAUUCCAAUGUUGAGGGGCAUCUGUGUUCUUUCCAGCUUCUGGCUAUUAUAAAUAAGGCUGCUAUGAACAUAGUGGAGCAUGUGUCCUUCUUACCAGUUGGGGCAUCUUCUGGAUAUAUGCCCAAGAGAGGUAUUGCUGGAUCCUCCGGUAGUACUAUGUUCAAUUUUCUGAGGAACCGCCAGACUGAUUUCCAGAGUGGUUGUACAAGCCUGCAAUCCCACCAACAAUGGAGGAGUGUUCCUCUUUCUCCACAUACACGCCAGCAUCUGCUGUCACCUGAAUUUUUGAUCUUAGCCAUUCUGACUGGUGUGAGGUAAAACCAGAGUUUUGAGUAUGCAAUGUUGAAAUGAGUUCAAUUGAAUUGUCUUUGGUUUUAGUUUCUGUUUAGUUAAAUAAGGUGUCAAACUUCUUUUUCCCCAGACCUUAGCACAAAAUAUUGCUUUAGGGAAAUGUUCACCCAUUAUUUUUUUUAAAUGUGGGGGAUGGUCAUGCAUCCCCUGCUUGGGUUUCUAAACCCAAAGAAGGAAUGUUAAUGUCAUACAUGCUAUUUAUCUUUUGGCUGGAAAUGGUCAUCCUACCACAGUGAAAGCUAUGCCAGCAUCUGCUCCUGUAGUAUCCAGGCCAGGUCAGUUUGCAUGUGGCUGUGACAUAGCUCUGUCUUGACUGCACUGAGGUCAUCAAUGUGCUUCCUAUUUUGCUUCAUUGUUCCUUCUUACAGCUUCAGGCUGCACAUUACAUUUCAGCCUCUUCCCCUCAUAGUGAUUUUCCCUGUCUACUGCGAUCCCAGCUGCUGUCAUGCCUCCACAGCCUGUUUCAUCUCUCCAGCCUGUGGUUCCUGCAGCAUUUGUGUGCUGCUGAAUAGAGUGGAGUGGGAAGGGAGAGGAACUGAAGCACUUCUUGGUAGUUUCCACAGACAUUGCUCAAGAUGCAUGGAUUGUUGACAUUACUGCCUGUUGCUUUUCAGAGAUUCCCUUUAUCAUCAGUGAUUAUCUCCUGUAGGAAUAAAAACUACUGUUCUUAAUCCUGUUUUCUUUCAUAGAUCACAAUUUGGGCACAAUCUGCCAUCUCACUCAGAAGUCCUGUGCUUUUUUUCUUAUUCAUACCCCUACUGUUUUCUGCCCCCUAAAGAUGCCUUUCCUUCCCACACAGUCCCCACAUAUGCUUUCAUAACACAAUGAUUUCAUGGCCUUUUCUACUUUCCCUCUUUCUAGAUCAUUUCCUUGCCCGCCCCCAUAUAGUAACUCUCCUUCCUUUAAUAUCAUAUGCAUAUUUCUAAUGAAAUUUUUUCCUUCAUACAUGCUACAUUGAAUUUUUAUCCUUUUGCUAUUUCUUUAUUUUCCAAUGUAGUCAGUUUUUUAUUUCAGUUUUAGUUUGGUAUUUUUGAGUUUUUGCAAUUUUUGUUAUUUGAAGUAUGUAUAGAUUGAGGUAUAUGUGUGCUUUGUUUUCUACAAUUUUUCCAAUAUCUAUCAUAGUGCCUAAUCAUAAUUAUAAGUCUGGUUGUAGUGACAUAAACCUUUAAUCUCAAUACUUAAGAUGUAGAUGCAGGAGGAUCAGAAGUUCAAAGCUAGCUACGAGAAAUGCCAAGUUAUAGACAAAACAAAGCAAAAACUGAAAAAAAAGAAGAAAGAGAAGAAAGAAAAGAAAGAGAAACAAGCAAAAAAAAAAAAACAAGCAAAAAAUGUUUAGUGGACUCAAUGGAUGCAGUCAUUAAAAACACUAUUUUUUUCCUGUCCUUUGACUCUAAUAUUUUGAAUUUUAUACAAAAAUUGCUGAAAUACUGUGAAGUCAUAUUUGGUUUUUCCAUCAGUGUUGGGUUCACUCUCCCUGUCAUAGGAUGGCCCUUACUGAAUAUACACUGUGGACACUCUGGAAAACACUUGGAUUCAGCAGAUUUACCCCUUGAAUUAGACACAAAUCUGAGUAUUCUGAAAGUUUCUAAUUUGAACUAUCUUGAAAGGAGAGUGCAGACAUUGGGAGGAUCGUGCCUACAUCUUCAGCUUCUUGGAGUUUAUAAGUAUGGCAGCCCCGUGCCUCACACAAGAGAAAGACAGAAGUUAUAUACUGGACAACAGCUUGACUGGACACCUACAUUAUCAUAAUCAAGGAUUUGCCAAACAUUUGAAGUCAUGACCUUUCUAAAUGGCCUCUGGCUGUGUGGUUGAUUCUCAUUUACUUCACUUCCCAACCUUUCCUGUUACACAAAUACCAGGUUGUGGCAGCUUCUGAUUGGUGUGCUCUACAUAUAUAGUCCUUGAUGUGGAAACCUGGUACAAACAGUCUUCCUUGUCGACUAGUAUUGGAGCUUGAUCUUGUGUGUUUCCUGCUCUUCUAUUUGUCACCAUGAAGUUCCUGGCACUCCUUGUGUUGCUUGGUGUUUCCACUAUCCUAGUCUCUUGCCGUAAAUAAAGAUUUUUACUUUAACUUAAAAUGGGGUCCAUAAUACAUGAAAAUACUUACUCAGUGAAACAUGAAUUUAUGGAUUCUUAGAGGCUGCUAUUUCCUUUCCUCUUAUCUAGUACCUGGUACUAUCUGAAUUUUUGUUUUGUUUUGGGUUUUUUUUUUUUUUUGGUAUUUUUUGAGACAGGGUUUCUCUGUGUAGCCCUGGCUGUCCUGGAACUCACUCUGUAGACCAGGCUGGCCUCAAACUCAGAGAUCCGACUGCCCCUGCCUCCCGAGUGCUGGGAUUAAAGGCGUGCACUACCACUGCCCGGCUCUAUCUCAAUUUUUUUAAAAAUAUUUUUUAUUACAUAUUUUCCUCAAUUACAUUUCCAAUGCUAUCCCAAAAAUCCCCCAUACUCUCCCCCCCCCCACUUCCCUACCCACCCAUUCCCAUUUUUUUGGCCCUGGCGUUCCCCUGUAUUGGGGCAUAUACAGUUUGCGUAUCCAAUGGGCCUCUCUAUCUCAAUUUUUAAACUUAAACGGUUUUUUUCUUUUUUAUUAAUUUAUUUAUUCACUUUACAUCCUGUGCACAUGCCCUAUGGUGUCAGGGUCUCAAACAUAUUGUCAUGCAUGUGAGAAGGUUAGAGACAGGAGUCAGUUCUCUCCUUCAACUAUGGGAUCAGCUCAUAUCACCCAGCUUGUAAGAGAAGAGCUUUUACCUAUUGAGCCAUCUUGCUGGUACUCACCUCCACUUUGACACAUCAUUGUAAGUAGGUAGGUUGACUCCACCGGGGUUCCUAAUUCAGUCCAGUUUUUCCUCUAUUCUGAACAUGGCACUGAAAUGCUUUCUUGGUGUCAAUAAGUUACAUUUGAGAAUGUGACUAAAGACUUAUUUCAGGGAAGCAAAACUGACCACAGUUAGCUGUCAAAGGUUUUCUUUAUCUGUGCAUGUGCUUCCCUCAAUCUGUCUACUUGGUUGUACAUGUCUGUAGUAGUGUUUACAUUCUCUAACUCAUCAAAACUUUACUUAAGUUCUUCUGUCUUAUUUUGCUUAUUUUCCUUUUAGAGGACACGGAGACAAACAGUGCUGACACUUCUGAAACUGCUGAUUCUACUGGUGGAAAUACUGGCUCUGAAACUCAGGCAGAUAGUACCAGUCAAAAUCAAGAAGUUGAUUCCUCUGAUUCAGUCAAUGAACAAAGUGUGAACACUGAUAAUACCAACACUGCUAAUGAUGCUUCUGAGGAAGACAAGAGACAGAUGAUAACAGUACCGGGGAUAAUACCUCUGAUCAGAACAAUGACGUUGACAACUCUGAAAAGAAGUUGCCAAUGCAAAAACUAAAUUUGAAGACCUCAAAACCGGUUUAAAAAAAAAAACAUUUCAACUAAUUUUGUUCUUUAUGGAACUCUCUGAAUCCUUAGGUUCCCCAUGGCUACAGUGAACUGUACUUUCAUGAGGAAGUAGGAGAGGGUAAGGAGAGGGAGAAGAAGAGACCCUUCUUUUUUUCCUCUUUUCUAAGUUCAUCAUAUUGUUUAUAUAUAAGCACCAGAAGGAUCAGAAGUUGACAAGAGUAUGCUAUCAAUUUUAGCUGCAUCUAUCUUUCAAUAUUAGAUCUGUUGGAGACAAUGUAAAUACAGCAGAAAUCAUUGAAAGUGUCAAGUGUCUCCAUGUAGCAUGGCAACUGCAUGGCUUUUCUUUUUCUUAAAUAAAAGUCAUGUUUUCUUUGGAGACUAUUCUAAAAAUUGAAAUAGAAAAUGGCUUUGUGAUGAGGUCUUCAUGGAUGACUGUUAAAACAUAAAUCAGGAGACUUCUUAAAGUUUAAAAAUUUAUUUAGCAUGAGGGUUUUUUUUUCCUAGCCCUUCAACUUUAAAGUAAUACCCAUUAUAUUAUACUGUAUCAUAUUUUAUGCAUAUGUCAAGCAUCAUUUUAUAAAAUUCACAUUUCUGAUCUGAUUCAGAUCUCUAAAAAAUAAGUCCAGGUAAUAUAUACUGUAAAAAUGAAAGAAUGGGAGGCUUCAACUGAGCAGCUUUUCUCUGAGAGAUAGGGCAGUGAUGGAGGAUGGCGCUUGCCCUCAGAGGACAAAGUACUGAGGAACCUUCUCCAGGUAUUGCUUCUCUUUCAUAUCUGGACUGUUGUUUAUCAUUGUGCUUGGUGAUCUGUGCUGGACAAAUGCUGAGUGAGUAUAUGGCCAUAGUUUCUUUACCAGAGAAGCUGGAUUCCUUGUGCACUAAAAUAAGGAAAAUUAAUGCUAACCACCUGUCACGCCCGCUCUCGACCAGCAAGAACGACGCGACCACCAGUCCUUCUAACAGUUUAUUCAGUCCUGAUUCUUCUUGUUUAUAUCUCCCCUGAACCCUGGGCCUCUCACUCCUUUUAUACUCUCUCUCAUCCACGCACCGCAGGCCAUGCCCCCUCGCCAGUCACGAGGCUUCAGCUAAUCAGGGCAGCAGGGGCAAAUCUCCACCAAAUUGGAUUCACCUGUAUCCUGGUACACCUGCGCAGCACUCAAGAUGUUUGUGUCUUAUAUGAGGAAGUCAGGUGCAAGUCAUAUGACUUAGCUGCAGUCCCUGGCGCCUUUGGGACUGCUGCCACACCCGCUCCCCACAAUUCCCCCUUUUUUCUUUUUUGGCAGAGAGAAUGUCUGUAGAUAGCCCCUCGAAACUAUGCCCCUUACCUGUCUUUGGGAGACAAACAGCAUUGGUUUGAUCCCUGUCUUAGGUUGGUGACAUGCCCAGGGAGUCUUAUCACUGACUACCUCUCAAUCAUGCCAAGCCACUCCUGGGGAGAUUGUGUUUUGCUUGCGGCAGGUGCAUCAAAAGGCCAGGAUGUUAAUUAACCUAUGGCCAGAUCUUAAUUGCUGCAAGCAAGCCUCAUGGGUGAAGGUAGAGGUCUGAUCCCCAGUGUGCAAGCAUAGGGGCCCUACACAAAACCAUCCCUUAGGCUCAUCACCCAGAGAGGUCUUGGCCAGCUCCCGUGUCGUUUUUCCUGGGGGAAGGGAACUAGGACACUGAACCUUCAUGCAAUCAGACGUGCCUUCCACAGGAUGCCAACAGCAAGCUAUCCUCUGUGCAGUGCUUAGCCUCGCACCCCACGGCAUAACACAGCAUAAUUUCUUUUAGAGCGGCAAACCGAAUCUGAGGAGAUUGUCCCGCCUCCACUGCAGCAAAAGCCUACGCUACCAUGGCGAAAGUGCGGGCCGCACACUCUGCACCUAACACAUGUGCCAAACACAAAACACACACACACUAUAACAAGCAUACAUCCCAGGGCUCUCAUCCCCGCUCAUCUUCCCUGAAGCAAGGGAUAGAUGGCCAGCGGGGCUAUCUCUUUAAGGGGAAUUCAGGGAUCAAAAAGCGUGGAAAAAUUUGAAUGUCAUGUCGAGCUGCUAUCGGCUUCUGGAAUACCGAAAGGAUCUUUCAUCUCGGCUCCAUCCUUUGUGCUUGUGGGAUCAUCCACCACAUCCACAGGGGCAACUGGAUCAGGAGCCUCAUUCUUGCAGCGUCUCACCAAUCUCUCUGGCACCCAAAGAGGUUCCGCCUGGUCCUGUGGAAACACACAAACAGACCCUCUCGCCCAUGUCAACACCAGAUCUGGUCGAUCCCCAGGGGAGAUGGACACAAUACCUUGUGUGAUGAGACCAUAACCUCAAUCACCUGUGUGUCCAUCUGGAGAGUCAAUAUGAGAGUCAAGUUUUCACUAGCUUCCCCUCUGUUGGGCAAUGAUUUCCACGCCCUUAUGGCAAUCUGAUUCACCUGCUCAAACACAUGCAGUGGAUAUCCUGUUUGUUGUUGUGCAAACCGACCUUGACCAAGCAGCAUAUCCCUAUCCCACGCUGGAUUUCCUGCAACAGCGUUAGCAGCUGCCUGUUCGUUUGUAAAUUCGAUAAGAAAGGCUUUCCAAUCUAAAUACUGCCCAGGUGAAAGGCAUGCCUUCACCAAGCCUGCCCAAUCGGACAGCGUCAUGCAGUGUCUAUUCAAGGCCUCUACUUGAGCCACACUAUAGGAAGCACUUAGGCCGUAUGUCCGCAGGGACUCAGCCAAAUUUCCGACUACUUUGAAAUCUAGAGGCUCAUGAUAUCUCUGCCCUGCUUGGUCGGUGAAAAUAGAACAUCCCAGCAAGGAGAAUCUAACCUUUCUCCAAACCUCCGAACAGAAGGUCCACUUAUAGGCAGCUGCUAAAGAGGCAUAGGGAGAGGACGCAGAAGCUAAUUCGCCUUCCUCCUCCGCCUCGGCUCUUUUGUUUCGUCCUUCCUGACCACCUGAUAACACUCUCUCUUUCUUUUUCCUUUUUCUUUUUAAGCCCUUUUCCUCUUCCGACAUACUUUCUUGUUGCUCUGUAAGGAUUUUCUGACCUGUCUUGACUGCCUCUACACACAGUUUCAAACAGUAACAGAGUCCAUAUAUCAGAACAAACAAGACCAAAACUAUCAGACCUACCCACAAAGGGUCAAUGGAAGAAAAAAGCAUAACUACACAGCGAGGAUCUAUUGAUCACUACACUGAGGUUAUCAUAGUUCCUUAACUUGUCCCCAAACCGGGAACCUUAACUUGUCUCAAAGCCGGGAACCUUUCGUUACCUUGUGCCUGCUUCCUGGCAACUUUAUGCUUGCCUCUAUUUUAUCCGAGAUCCUUCCCAAACUCCUGGGUUACUUUGUGCCAACUUCCUGGCAACUUUAUGCUCACCUCUAUUUUAUCCAAGGUCCUUCCCAAACUCCUGGGGUCGCAAGUUUCACUCACCAUGAACUUACCCUGCCGGCAACCACUGACUGCUGAAAGUUCUGAACUCGGUGGGGGAGUCGGUUCCCCGUACGGGCCACCAAUUGUCGCGCCCGCUCUCGACCAGCAAGAACGACGCGACCACCAGUCCUUCUAACAGCAGUUUAUUCAGUCCUGAUCCUUCUUGUUUAUAUCUCCCCUGAACCCUGGCCCUCUCACUCCUUUUAUACUCUCUCUCAUCCACGCACCGCAGGCCACGCUCCCUCGCCAGUCACGAGGCUUCAGCUAAUCAGGGCAGCAGGGGCAAAUCUCCACCAAAUUGGAUUCACCUGUAUCCUGGUACACCUGCGCAGCACUCAAGAUGUUUGUGUCUUAUAUGAGGAAGUCAGGUGCAAGUCAUAUGACUUAGCUGCAGUCCCUGGUGCCUUUGGGACUGCCGCCACACCCGCUCCCCACAACCACCCUCCAUUAUAACUCUGUAAAAGUCUGGCUUAAUGGCUCCAUUGUAGACUAUAUAUCCAAAUAUUGUAUAUGGGAAAUAAAAAUUGGUUGGUUUAUUUAUUUUUGAGACAGUGCUUCACUAUGUAGUCCAGACUAGCCAUGAAUUCUUGGCCUUCCUGCCAGUAAUUCCUGAAGGUAACAAACUUGGUCCUCUGCCACCAAAUCUGUGACUUUUAGUUUUGAGAGAUGAAAAUUUCAUGUGUUUUUGUUGUUGUUGUUGUUGUUGUUGUUGUUUUUGCUUCUACCAAACAUAAAAGAGUUGGUAGUCCUUGUUCAGGUUAAAACAAACAAACAAACAAACAAAAGUGAAAUCUCAAAAAUCCUUCUUAUUUUUUUCUUUCUCUUACAGUUGUUAAAAGUGGGAUUGAAAAAGUAAAGAAUUUCUUACAUCAUGGAUGAGUUUGCAUCUUCUACUACUGAUCUUUCUGAAACAGACUAGCACAUUCUUGAUUUGAUUUCCUCCAGUUAUUUACCCUGACUAUUCUCUCUCUCUCUCUCAUUGCUAACUUUUAUCUUUUAUCAAAUAAAUGGCAAUCAUGAGUAGCAUCAAAA